AUGAACAGUUCAAUUUCUAAGGACUAUGACUAUCUCUUCAAACUUGUUUUAAUCGGGGAUAGCGGAGUGGGUAAAUCAUGCUUACUUUUGAGAUUUGCUGACGAUUCGUUCACAGACAGCUAUAUUACGACGAUCGGCGUUGAUUUUCGGUUUAGGACAGUCAUUGUGAACAAUAAGCGCAUAAAGCUCCAAAUAUGGGACACUGCCGGCCAGGAACGCUUUAGGACCAUCACGAGCACGUACUAUAGGGGCGCCGACGGCAUCAUCAUGGUCUACGACGUUACGGACAAGGCCUCAUUUGAGCACAUUAACGACUGGCUAAACGAGGUAAACAAGUACGCCUCUGAGGACACCUGUAAGCUCCUCCUGGGCAACAAGUGCGACAUAGAGGACAACAGGGACGUCGCCAGCACCGACGUAGAGCGUCUAUCGGAGGUGAUAGAGGUCCCUGCAAUGGAGGUUUCUGCCAAGACUGGCCACAACAUCGAUAAGGCUUUUUUAUCAAUUACUGAGAAGCUGGUCAACUUAAAAAUGCAGAAGGAACCAGUGGACUCCGAGGUUAAAACGGUGUCUCUAAAUACUUACAACGAUUAUAUGCAGCGCGUCAAAAGCAUGAGGUGUUGCCCCUUGUAA